CUAUGCGUCUCAACGCCAUAACUACCUCUCCCUUCCAAAAAACCCUUACCCGUGCUACCUCUCGUUUACCUCUCUAAUCGAUCUCUGUCUGUCUCUCGAUCAAUCGCGCUAGCCCCUUCUAUUCGUCAACAUGACGUCCAUAGGUACAGGCUAUGACCUUUCGAACUCGGUCUUCUCCCCAGAUGGAAGGAACUUCCAGGUCGAGUAUGCCGUCAAGGCCGUUGAGAAUGCAGGAACAUCUAUUGGAAUCAAGUGCAAGGAUGGUGUCGUCCUGGCUGUGGAAAAGAUCAUUACCAGCAAGCUCCUGAAACCCGGUGCGAACAAGAGAAUAGCGACUGUGGACCGCAAUAUCGGUAUUGUCUCUUCUGGGUUGAUCCCCGACGGCCGUCACUUUGUGUCGAGGGCCAGAGAUGAGGCCUCGUCAUGGAGGAGGACAUACAAGGGACCCAUCCCCACAUCAGCCUUGGCCGAUCGGUUGGGCGGCUACGUCCAGGCUUAUACUCUGUACUCCAGUGUCCGCCCAUUUGGUGUGACUGCCAUUGUGGGCGGUUGGGACUCCGAGGUAGAGUUGUCUGUUGACGGCCAAGUCGGUGCUGGACCACAGAGCGGUUCUGGUGGGAAGGUCGAGGGCGCAAAGGCAGGGGGCCCCGGCCUCUACAUGAUUGAACCAAGCGGUCUAUAUUGGGGCUAUUACGGUGCCGCGACCGGAAAGGGCCGACAAGCUGCCAAGGCCGAGCUGGAGAAGCUGGAUCUUCAAUCGGGGAACCUGAGUCUGCUUGAUGGAGUCAAGGAGGCAGCUCGGAUUAUCUACAUUGCGCACGAGGACAGCAAGGAUAAAGAGUUCGAACUGGAAAUGACUUGGAUCAGUUCCACUGAUGGCCCGACGAAAGGCAGGCACGAAGAGGUCCCCAAAGACAUUCUAGAGGAAGCUGAAAAGGCAGCGAAGAAGGCGCUAGAAGGCGAAGACGAGGAGGAGGAAGAAGGAACCGGUGAGCGAAUGGAGGAGUAGAGGGUUGGGCAUUUUGUACGACCCUUCAGUUAAAUCGAUGAUGACUUGUGAGAUGCAGUUCUAGACAGAUAGACAUGCAAUCUGCAAUACGCGCGGAUUUCUAUCUCUGUACUUGACGUCUUAAUUUGAGGUUCUUCUGAAAUAUAGCAGGCCACCCUACUAUAUCAUGGCCCCUCCAAACUUUGGUCCUUGAGGAUCCUGUCUCCCUUGGUCCUG